UCAUUCGUAAUCGGAAAUUUUUUAAAAUAUCAUCCAAUAGGAAGUUGCACUUUUUGAAAAGUGCAGAAAGUGUAGACAACAACAAACCUAAUACUAUAUUAUUAAACGAAGUAUACAGAUUAUUUCUUAAAAAAAAACCAGUUAAAUGGAGAAUAUAUUUAUUGUGAGAAUAUAAACUCGCAGGCAGCGAGCAACGAGUGUUGAUCAUAAGUAUGAAGGUACUUCAGAGUGAAUGUUUAAGGUUCAUGUGAUAAAGCAGUUAGUUCAUAUAAAAUAAUAAAAAUACAACUAUUAGUUAAUACGUCCCUUGAAAUAGUCAAGUAAACAAUUAGAAGUUAAGUGAUUCGCGUACCGGUAAACGUUUUCUGUAUAAUUUUAAAAAUGCCUCAUCUAAUGGCACAUGAUAUAAAUACGAAAGCACGUACGAAAGAUGUAAAAGUUUUGGAAGAUGUUACUUUUUUUCAAAUGGGACUAUCACAGACUAUUUUAGAUGGAUUGACCAGUUGCGGCUUUCAGAAGCCAUCUCCUAUACAGCUGAAAGCUAUACCCUUGGGACGCUGUGGUUUUGAUCUCAUCAUACGUGCGAAAUCAGGUACAGGAAAGACAGCUGUUUUUGGGACAAUUGCAUUAGAGAUGUUGGAUAUUCAGAUAUCAUCUGUUCAAGUAGUAAUUCUUGCACCAACUAGAGAGAUUGCAGUGCAAAUUUCUCAAGUACUGGUAUCUAUUGGUACUGAAAUAAAAGGUUUACGAGUGGAGUCUUUUGUUGGUGGUAUGGCGAUAGAAGGUGACAAAAAAAGAUUAAAUGGUUGCCAAAUAGCAGUGGGUGCACCUGGCAGGAUAAAACACUUAAUUGACAAAGGCUUCCUAAAUGUAGAGCAUGUUAGGCUCUUUGUAUUAGAUGAGGCAGAUAAAUUAAUGGAGAGCAGCUUUCAAAAAGAUAUAAAUUACAUAUACUCCAAGUUGCCAAUCAACAAACAAGUAAUAGCAUCAAGUGCGACUUAUCCUGGUGACCUGGAAACAUUUUUAGAGACGUAUAUGCGUUCACCAAUUUUAACAUCACCAGAUAAUGAUGGUCCAAUUUUAUUAGGCUUACGACAAUUCGUAUGCAUCGUAAAAUAUCAUCCAAAUGCUAUGAAGCAGGUCGAGAUUAAAGUUCAGGAAUUGGCUAAAAUUUUUGGUAAAAUACCGUUUAAACAGAGCCUAGUAUUUUCCAACUAUCAAACACGAGCACAAUCAGUUUGCAAUAGAAUAAAUGCAAUGGGUUUACCAGCCAUUUACAUAGUUGGAAAUCAGGAUAUGAAAAAACGUAUGGAUGCCAUUCGUAAAUUAAAGGCAUUCAAAUGUAGAAUUAUGCUAACGACAGACUUGACUGCUAGAGGAAUAGAUGCAGAACAUGUCAAUAUAGUGAUCAAUUUAGAUAUUCCUAUAGAUGGUGCAACGUAUCUUCAUCGUAUAGGUAGAGCAGGACGUUAUGGAUCACAUGGAUUAACCAUUACCAUAGUAUCUGAGAAUGAACUUCCCACAUUCAGAGAACUGAUGCUGUCUGUCGGUGGACCAAAUUUUUCGUUACUCAAACUUCCUCAAGAUUUCUCUCAGGAUCCAUGGAAUGCUGAUGAUUCUAUCUUUGACAAAAUUUGUGCUGAAAGCGUUCAGGAUGGAGAUAUGGAAAUCAACCAGGACAUUGAAAUCGAUAAACUUAUUACGGAAUCUGAAAAUGGCGCUCCAAUUGCUACUAAUUUAUCGUCGCCUGAGAAAGUCUAUGUGCCUGAUGUAGAAGUGAAUAAAAAGAUUGACAGUGAAAAGAAGAAAGCAACGAAUACUGGCACGAUUAAUGUUGAGCCUAUGGAAACUUUAUUCUCUGAUAUCAAUAUAGAUUCUGUUUUAAAUAUUGAUUCACUAUUUUCAAAAUGGUUGAAGAAACGUAGUGAAAAUAAAUCUGUUUCCAAAAAAGUGGAUGAAUCUUUGAGCAAUCAAUAUUCAGCAUUAUCUAUUCAUGACCCGGAACGGGUUUAUAAAUUUGAUUUAAAAUAUAUUUCUGAAACUGCUUCAGAAAUGCAGAAACUGAAUAGGGGCAUAUGUUUUGAACUAGAUUUACAGGAAAUGUCAAAAGAAAAUAGUAAUGAAUUAUUUCCGAUAGAAACGAUUGAAGAGUAUUUAAAGUACAAACCUAAAGAAAUUAAUAAUGAUAAAUAUGAUACAGUGGGAUCAGACAUGAAAAAUUUCGAUAGAAAAUCUGAAAGUGUCCCUGAAGAUUUUACACAAAAUGGUGUGUUUGUUUUUGAAAUCGUUGAUAAUUUUAAGGGCCUAGACACAAAUGCCAUGCUACUACUUGACAUAUAUAAGAAUCUCCAAGAAUGGAUAAUUGCUCAGAAAGAAGACAUAAAUAAAGAAACUAAAAAAAUCAAGGAUCCUGAAGAACUGAAAACGAGAAACGCAUUCCGCUGGAAAGAAUCUCUAGAAUUUGAGAUUACUAUGUUAGAAAGGCUCAUUGCUGAAUCAGACGAUACCAUCUUACGUUGCGAUAGAAAGUCUUUGUAUAAGCAGUAUUAUGCAGCAUUAAAAAUCUUUCUUGAAAUGCAAAAGAAAUCAUUACUCUGGUUAUAUCCAGAUGUAAGAAGCGAAGCUGAAGUCAAUGACACUUACUUGUAUUCUGGACUUCGUCAGGAUUUUGUUAAUUUAAUUGACAUGUAUAGAGAGAUUGAAGAUUUCAAGAGUAAAUAUGAAGACGGUUCUAAGGAAUUUAAGUAUUAUCUCCCAUAUCCUGCAAAGGAUAGUGAUGUAAUGCCUAAUUUGAUGAUGUCAAGAAUAGAAAUCGACAGAUAUCGUGAGGCUUUAAAGUACCUCCAUUCCCAUCCUGACCCAAAGAGUAGAUUCUUGAGAAUCCGACAAUUACUAGCGUUUUUACCGGAGGAAGAGUGUUUGGAUAUAGAAUCCAGGAUGAGGAAGCAAGGGCAAGAUUCUUAUGAAACAAUGAUAGAUUUUUUGGAGAAAGAAAAAAUCAAUAGAAAUGUAAAACAAGUGGAAGAAGAUUGUAAAAUAAUAUUAAGUGAUAAAACGACUUUAAAUUUAUUUAUUGCCAAUGUAGAAUGUUCAAAGUAUAACCAGAGCACUCAGAAUAUUGAAGAUAAAUCCCCAGGUAAACAGGACUCUAAGACUGCAAGUAGGCUGAUUCAGAAAAACACAACAAAUCAUACAGCUGGAUCAUUCACACCAGUUCAAACUAAUAAUGUAGCUUAUGUUACAAAGAAUUUAAGUUCAGAUGAUGGAUACAAGCAGCAUUCUCAAAAUAAGAAUAUAAUUUUACCAUCUAAUUCUUUAAGUGACAAAAGCAAAGUAUCAAAAUCUAAGAUUCUGUCAAAUGAGUCUGGAUUAGAGGAUGAGAUUCACACUAAUUUAAAUUAUAAGACUGAGGAUGAUUUUCUAGCGAAUCACACAGCAAUGCCAAUGACACAUUAUCAACAGAACAAUUCAUUUUUGGAUUCCAGUGUUAAAAAUUUUAAUCGAUAUUGGAAUUCUCAAAUUUAUCCUCAGAAAUCUAAUUAUUAUGAAAAUCACGAAAAUGUUUGUUAUUAUACGUCAGAGCCAACAAAUGUCUUAUCAUAUAAAAUGUAUAAUAAUAUUGAAGAUUUUCUAAGCUCAUUGAAAAUGCAGACUCAUCAGAUACAAUUAGAAGAAUAUUAUUCUCAAAUGUUACAGUAAUUAACUAAUGUGAUGUAGCUAUUUGUAAAUAUUCAGCUAUACGUAAGAUUUAACAAAAUAGGUACAUUUUAUAUACAGCUGUAAAUAUUAUUUUGUAUAACAAAAACAAAUUAUAAAAAGCGUAAAAAAAA